UACCUUCGGUCUGUCCCUCACCAAACCCAAUUUCUUGACUGCGCAAAAGCCACCGGAAUUCAACGGCGGAGAUGGCCCUAUCACGCCUUUCGUCUCGAUCCAACGGUCUUCUCCGAUCUGCGGCGGCGGCCGUCUUGCUCCGCCGGACGAUCUCCACGGACACGUCGCCGAUGACUAUCGAUAUCUCGUUACCCUUCACGGCGCAUCUCGUGGAGCCACCGUCACGCGCCGUCGAGACCUCCCCGAAGGAGCUCCUCUCGUUCUACCGCGACAUGGUCGUGAUGCGACGGAUGGAGAUCGCCGCCGAUUCGCUCUACAAGGCGAAGCUGAUCCGUGGGUUCUGCCAUUUGUACGAUGGGCAAGAAGCCGUCGCGAUCGGAAUGGAGGCGGCGAUUACCAAGCAGGACGCCAUUAUUACUUCGUAUCGAGACCACUGCACGUUCUUAGGCCGUGGCGGCUCGCUCGUAGAGGCGUUCUCCGAGCUUAUGGGAAGAAAGGCGGGUUGUUCCAACGGAAAAGGAGGAUCUAUGCAUUUCUACAAGAAGGACGCGGGCUUUUACGGUGGUCACGGAAUCGUCGGGGCUCAGAUUCCGCUUGGGUGUGGUCUGGCCUUCGCGCAGAAGUACUCCAAGGAUGAAGCUGUGACUUUUACUUUGUAUGGUGACGGUGCUGCGAAUCAGGGACAGUUGUUCGAGGCUUUGAAUAUCGCGGCGCUUUGGGACUUGCCUGCGAUUCUGGUCUGCGAGAAUAAUCAUUACGGGAUGGGAACGGCUGAAUGGAGGGCAGCUAAGUCUCCGGCCUAUUUCAAGCGUGGAGACUAUGUUCCUGGAUUGAAGGUGGAUGGUAUGGAUGUACUUGCUGUGAAACAGGCAUGCAAGUUUGCCAAGGAGCAUGCACUCAAGAAUGGACCAAUUGUUCUUGAGAUGGAUACCUACAGAUAUCACGGUCACUCUAUGUCUGACCCAGGGAGCACUUACCGAACACGUGAUGAGAUCUCUGGUGUGAGGCAGGAACGAGAUCCAAUUGAGCGAGUGAGAAAGCUGAUUGUUUCUCAUGACUUUGCUACUGAGAAAGAGCUAAAGGACAUUGAGAAAGAAGUGAGGAAAGAAGUGGAUGCUGCCAUAGCUGAGGCCAAGGAGAGCCCAGUGCCGGAUCAGUCUGAGCUCUUCACAAACAUCUACGUGAAAGGUUUAGGAACUGAGUCGUUCGGGGCAGACAGAAAGGAACUCCGAGCAUCACUUCCAUAACUUCAAAGUCUCCAUCUUUGUUUCAUCAUUAAGGAAGAAAACAUCAUUUUGAAUCUCCCUCUCUUCAAUAAAUUGGAAGGCGAAGACAAGACAAGACAAAGAGACCCAUCAGUUUGGCUCCCAGUUGUUUUGGUUUUCAGAUUCUUGUUUUAAAAUGUAGAGCCUUUUUGUCAUUUGCUGAUGCCUUUUCUCGUUUGCUCACGUUUCCGACCCUGUUUGAUUAUAUAUGUCCAUUUGACACCAUUUCCUUCACGAGGUUAACGUAAAGGUCGGUUCUUUAUAUUCAUUA